UUUAAGGUCAAGCAGUCUGAUCCGCGUGGCCAUUUAACCGCUUCUCAGGCUUUGUCUAUUGCGCGUGACUACAUCCUUGAAAAAGCUCCAGGAUUACUAGAGGAACAUGGUGGUCAAAUAAAAUUAAAGUUAACUUGGGCGAUGAAACUAGUUACGAGAAUAAGCGAACGUCAGAAAGAAAUUGAACUUGGCCUUCCUGCUGGGACAAUUUCAAAUAUGUCAAGGACUAUUUCGGGUUCUGGAAUCGCAAUGCCUGGCGGAAAUUUUAUGGCUGAUAUGAUGGCCCAAAACCUUCUGAGUCAACAUAUGAGUCAAAUAAUAAGUCAGGCCAUGACAGGGGCUGCAUCUGCAACGCCAGAAAUUUUAAAUGUUCGAGAAUUAGAGUUGCCGAAGCACAGGGAAAAUGAAAAAGGUGAGGUGAUCGGCGAAUUGGAUCUCAAGCAAAAUAGAAGUUUCAAACCGGAUGCAGAUGAUCACCGAUUUGAUGACGAAAUGGAUGCACAAGAAAAUGAUGAUGCUGUAGUGGAAAACGAAAACCACAACCAUUCAAACGAGCCGAUGCAGCAUUUUAUUUCAACGAACGCUUUUUGA